UGUGACACCAUGCUGACGUUCUCCUCUGAGAUCACCAGCUUGACUGAAGGAAACGGGGACAUCCACAGCAGAUCUCUGUCUCCGUGGAACUGGACGCCAAACACGGACAGAAACCGAAUCCCCAGGACGCUCUGGGAGGCCGAGUGCAGUACCAGCUUUUGUUCCAGUCCCAUCCCAGGACAGAAGGACCAACACAACCUGAACUCAGUCCCCGUCUACCAGGACAUUCUGGUCCUGACCUCACACAAUGGCCGGCGCUGCUACAAAGCAUCGUUCCGCUCUGUGGCGGUCGGCUGCACCUGUGUUCGAGCCGAGACCGAUCAGAAGUGAAGCCCAGGAAACAGAAAUGUUUCGAAAU